CCCAGGCCCCACCCCCCUUCCCUCUCAUCAUAACUUGUGAUCUUAGAGCCAUGAAAGAAUUUGAGCCCCUCCCCCAGCCUGAUCAUCUCUGUUGGCUGCUCAGCCAGGCUCUAUGUCAAAUCCAGCUUGAGGCACAAACCCGAGGGCCACCCGGGAGGCGGUGGGCUUGCAGGCAGGUUCCUCACCCAGUGGCCAUGGGUGGCAACAGUGGGCAGCCUGGCGUUCACACCUAUAAGUCCCUAGCUGAGGAUGGCCCCUUUGGCUCCGUGGAGCUGCCCAAAAGAUCCACGGGCAGGCUCGUCAUGCACAGCAUGGCCAUGUUCGGCCGGGAAUUUUGCUACGCGGUGGAGGCGGCCUACGUGACCCCAGUCCUGCUCAGCGUGGGCCUGCCCAAGCGUCUGUACAGCGUGGUGUGGCUGCUCAGUCCCGUCCUGGGAUUCCUGCUGCAACCUGUGGUGGGAUCGGCCAGCGACCACUGCCGGGCCAGGUGGGGCCGGCGGAGACCCUACAUCCUGGCCCUGAGCGUCAUAAUGCUCCUGGGUAUGGCUCUGUACCUCAACGGGGACGCUGUCAUAUCAGCUUUGAUUGCUGACCGAAGGAAGAAGCUGACCUGGGCCAUAACCAUCACCAUGAUAGGUGUGGUUCUCUUUGAUUUUGCUGCUGACUUCAUUGAUGGGCCCAUCAAAGCCUACUUAUUUGAUGUCUGCUCCCAUCAGGACAAGGAGAGGGGCCUCCACUACCACGCUCUCUUCACAGGUCUCGGAGGUGCCCUGGGCUACAUUUUGGGCGCCAUUGACUGGGCGCAUCUGAAACUGGGAAGAAUGCUGGGCACAGAAUUCCAGGUCAUGUUCUUCUUCUCCGCCUUGAUGCUUACUUUGUGUGUUGUUAUUCAUCUGUGCAGUAUUCCUGAAGCCCCACUUAGAGAUGUUGCAAAGGAUAUUCCCCCCCAGCAAGACUCCCAAGACCCUCUCUUGUCAUCAGACAGAAUGUAUGAGUAUGGGUCUAUCGAGAAAGUUAAAAACGGUUAUAUAAACCCAGAGAUGGUGCUGCAGGGAGAGAAAACAAAAAAUACCCAACAGACUCGGAGGACAAUGACCAUGAAGUCACUGCUGAGGGCACUGGUGAGUAUGCCUCCCCACUACCGCUACCUUUGCAUCAGCCACCUCCUUGGAUGGACCGCCUUCCUGUCCAACAUGCUCUUCUUCACAGAUUUCAUGGGCCAGAUUGUGUACCAUGGGGAUCCCUAUAGUGCACACAACUCCACAGAGUUUCUCAUCUACCAAAGAGGGGUCGAGGUUGGAUGUUGGGGUUUGUGCAUCAACUCCGUGUUUUCCUCACUUUAUUCUUACUUUCAGAAAGUUUUGGUAUCCUACGUUGGAUUAAAGGGUCUUUACUUCAUGGGGUAUUUGCUGUUUGGCCUGGGGACAGGAUUCAUCGGGCUCUUCCCCAACAUCUACUCCACCCUGGUCCUGUGCACCUCGUUUGGCGUGAUGUCCAGCACCCUGUACACCGUGCCCUUUAACCUCAUUGCCGAGUACCACCGCGAGGAGCAGGAGAAGCAGAGGCGGCAGGCCCAGGGAGGGGACGUGGACAGCAGCGGGCGAGGACAGGGCCUGGACUGUGCUGCCCUCACCUGCAUGGUGCAGCUGGCUCAGAUCCUGGUCGGAGGUGGCCUGGGCUUCCUGGUGAACAUAGCAGGGAGUGUUGUCGUCGUGGUGAUCACGGCCUCCGUGGUGGCGCUGAUCGGCUGUUGCUUUGUGGUUCUCUUUGUUAGAUAUGUGGCGUAGGUCAAUAAAGAGACAUUGUCUCCAAUCUCAGUGGAGCAUA